GUCGACGGAGCGGUCGCAGUUUGAACACGCCAGCUUGCGGAUCACGAAGGGUCUCCAUCCGCCGCUUCCACCCUCGCAGACGAUUCCUCUUCUCGUUCCUUCAAGCGCCGUCCAACCUCAUUCUUUCUCCCUCUCUCUCUCUCUCUCUUUCUCUCUUUCUUUCUCUCGUUUUUCCCUCUUUUGCUUUCUCUCUCUCUUCUCUCCUUCUCUCUCUUUCUCUCCCUAUCCUUGCAUUCUACUCUCUUCCGAUUCCUCGCGUUCAUCCCGAACGACCGACGUUCGUCCCGCUAUCGAGCGUCGCUCGAUCUAUUUUGCAAGUGGAUACGGCACGCACCGGUCAGACCUCAGACCAUCACAUCGUACCGCCGCCGCGCCGUGGCAUCGUCGUUCGCUGUGCUGUUCGCGUUCUUUCGCAAUCGCAAACGUCGCAGCGGGAUGGCAUUCUGGCAGACCAGGGAAUCCCGACCACGCACCGGUUGAUACAGGAGUUUUACAGAAAAGCGCGUGAUCAACGGAAGCAGUAGAACACGACGGCUCCGUAACCACGUGAAGCGGCUGGGCCUCUUGUGAGGGGGAGGUCGAGAACCGCGUGCGUACUCUCUUAGAGCCUUCCCUUCUUAGACGAUGAUAGACCCAAGUUCAUCCGAAGAGGAGAGUGAGGAGGAUCAUCAGAGCACUCAUCAUGGUGGCGGUGGCGGUGGUGGCGGCGGCCGUGCCGGGAGCGGCAGCUCUCAUGGUUCCCGUCGUCAUCCCGGAAGUAUUGGAAGCGGUCCAGGUUCCGGUAGCGUCAGCUCGCUCGCAUCCGGCCUCACCGCUUCGCCAGGCGGCCCGAACCAUGUGGGCCCGCCGAGCACCGCGAGCACCCAUGGAUCCGGGAGUCGCGUCGCUGCGGGAACGCAGGACACCGCUGGGGCUGGUUUGGAUGUGCCCAAUCUCACCAGCGCCAGGAACUCCCUAUCGCCAUCGAUGAGCGCAGCCCAGGAUGCCGUGAAUUAUGCUCAGCGACCCACUAGUCCAUCACCCUCGGUGGCCAGUGAGAAGACCGAAGCGGAGUUGCAAGACAAGCAAGAGAGGGAGGAAGAGCAAAGGAAAACCCGGAUUCAGCUUUACGUCUUCAUAUCUAGAUGUAUCGCUUAUCCGUUCAACGCCAAACAACCAAUGGACAUGACGCGAAGGCAGAUGAAAGUAACGAAGCAACAAUUGGAGACCAUAUGUUCUCGUUUUCAGAGCUUUUUGAAGGGUGAGACGCAAAUCAUGGCUGACGAGGCAUUCCAUAAUGCCAUACAGAAUUACUACGACGUGUUCCUGAAGUCGGACCGAGUGGUACAAAUGGUGCAGAGCGGUGCAUGCUCCCAGCUCGACUUCCGCGAGGUAUUCAAGAAGAACAUUGAGAAGCGUGUUCGGAGCCUCCCGGAAAUCGACGGACUGAGCAAAGAGACUGUGCUUACGUCCUGGUUGGCCAAAUUUGAUUGCAUUUUGAAAGGUACUGGUGACGAAGACACUAAAAGGCCUUCCAGGAUGCAACAGCAGUCUUUGAACUCGGAGCUGAUACUGUCGAAGGAGCAGUUGUACGACAUGUUUCAGCAGAUCCUCGGCAUCAAGAAAUUCGAGCACCAGCUUCUGUUCAACGCCCUCCUGUUGGACUCAGCCGACGAACAGGCUGCCGCCAUCAGGAGGGAGCUGGACGGUCGCGUACAGAAGGUCAACGAGAUGGAGAAGAACCGCAAGCUCAUGCCCAGGUUCCUUCUGAAAGAGAUGGAGUCGCUCUACAUCGAGGAGCUCAAGUCGUCUAUCAACCUGCUAAUGACUAAUCUGGAGUCGUUACCGGUCUCCAAGGGUUCGAUAGACAGCAAAUACGGGCUGCAGAAGCUGAAGCGCUACAACCAUCGUGGUGAGCGCUCCCGCUGCCGCGCUCAGGGCUCCCUCGCUAAACUGGAGGGCGACUCCGCCGAUUCCGAUCCCCAGCUGACGAAAAUGGACGUUGGCCUGACCUUCCAGCUGGAAGUAGUCGUAAUGGAGGUCAAGGGCCUCAAAAGCCUAGCACCCGAUAGAAUAGUUUAUUGCACCAUGGAGGUGGAGGGCGGCGAAAAGCUGCAGACCGAUCAGGCCGAGGCCUCCAAGCCUAUGUGGGACACUCAGGGUGACUUCACGACAAUGCACCCGCUGCCGGUGGUCAAGGUCAGACUGUACACCGAGAAUCCGGCGAUGCUCGCGCUCGACGAUAAGGAGUUGGGCAAGGUGAUCCUGCGGCCCACUCCGCUGUCGUGCAAAGUGCCCGAGUGGCAUCGCAUGACCGUGCCCAAGAAUUGCGCCGAUCAGGAUCUACGCAUGAAGAUCGCCUGCCGUAUGGACAAGCCGCUCAACAUGAAACACUGCGGCUAUCUCUACGCGAUGGGCAAGUCCGUAUGGAAAAAGUGGAAGAAGCGGUACUUUGUGUUGGUCCAGGUCUCGCAGUACACAUUUGCGAUGUGCUCGUACAAAGAAAAGAAAAGCGAGCCGUCGGAAAUGAUGCAGCUCGAUGGCUAUACAGUGGACUAUAUCGAGGCCGUUUCUGCUAAUCUCAUGGUCGGCAUGGAUUUGGAGGGAGGAAGGUAUUUCUUCAACGCUGUGCGCGAAGGCGACAAUAUAGUGUACGCCUCGGAUGACGAGAACGAGUGUCACUUGUGGGUAAUGGCAAUGUAUCGGGCGACUGGCCAGUCGCACAAGCCCACUCCGCCAGUCUCUGUGGCUGACAAGAAUUCAACCAUCAGUAAGAUUCAAGGUGACGCCGAUCGCGCGAAGAAGCAUGGUAUGGAGGAUUAUAUCAGUGCAGAUCCAUGCAAGUUUGACCAUCACGGUCUAUUCAAGUACCUGCAGAACUUGAUCCUGGACUACAGACUGAACGAUCCUUACUGCUCUCUCGGCUGGUUCUCGCCAGGUCAAGUUUUUGUGCUGGAUGAAUAUUGUGCCAGAUACGGCGUGCGCGGGUGCUUUCGGCAUCUCUGCUAUCUUCAUGACCUGUUGGAUAGAAUCAAUCGUGGGCUUAUGAUAGAUCCGACAUUGAUACACUUUAGUUUCGCCUUCUGUGCUACUCAUGUUUACGGUAACACAACAUCCGCCGAUGGCGUGGGCUCGAUUACUCACGAAGAGAAAGAUAAAUUUCAGGAGAUUAAGGAACGGCUCAGACAGAUUCUCGAGAGUCAAAUCACCAACUUUAGGUACAGUUUUCCAUUUGGGCGUCCGGAAGGCGCGUUGAAAGCGACUUUAUCUCUUUUGGAACGCGUUCUCAUGAAGGACAGCGUGACACCUGUGCCGCAGGAAGAAGUGAAAGCUCUGAUAAAGAACUGCUUAGAAACGGCAGCGCUUGUAAAUUACACAAAAUUGUCCGCCGAAGCAAAGAUCGAGGAUGAUCUAAGCGGCGAGGCAUGCGUGCCUCCCAGCAAGAAGCUAGAGGAUCUCAUACAUCUCGCCGAGUUAUGCGUCGACCUGCUCCAGCAAAAUGAAGAACAUUAUUCGGAGGUAGCGUUCGCCUGGUUUAGCGAUCUUAUGGUGGAGCACGCCGAGAUCUUCUGGUCGCUAUUUGCCGUCGAUAUGGAUAAAGUACUCGCAGAACAACCGCCAGACACGUGGGACAGUUUUCCACUGUUCCAGAUAAUGAACGAUUAUCUCAGGACCGACGACAAUUUGAAGAAUGGGAGAUUCCAUCAGCAUCUGCGCGACACGUUCGCGCCGUUGGUGGUGCGUUACGUUGAUCUUAUGGAAACGUCGAUCGCUCAGUCGAUUCACAAGGGCUUCGAGAAGGAACGAUGGGAGAUCAAGGGGAACGGCUGUGCCACAUCGGAGGAUCUCUUCUGGAAGUUGGAUGCGUUGCAAUCGUUCAUCGGCGGGUUGCACUGGCCUGAUCAGGAGUUCAGGCAACAUCUCGAGCAGAGAUUAAAACUGAUGGCAUGUGACAUGGUGGAGUCGUGCAUUCAGAGGACCGACGCGGCCUUCCAGCAGUGGCUUAAGAAAGGCGUGACCUUUAUCUCCACAGAUUAUAUCAUACCGUCGGAAAUGUGCGCUAUGGUGAACGUUAUUUUGGACGCCAAGAAUCAGAGUUUUAAACUUUGUACUGUCGAUGGAGUCGAUGUGCAUCAAUAUCACUCCAAGAUCGAUGACAUGAUUGAAAAGACGUCAGCGGGAAUGAAUCAAGGAAUGAUUAACAAGCUCAUUACGGUAUUGGAAGCGACGCUGUCUAAGCUGUCGCGUUACGACGAAGGUUCUUUCAUUGGCUCCAUUCUCAGUCUUACGAAGGUAUCAGGGAGCGGGAAGGAAAUGGGACAAGCCUAUGUAAAUUUCAUGAGAAAUUGCAUGGAUCAGAUUCGCAGCAAAGUCCUCGACGAAUUGUGGAUUUUAACUUUCUUUGAGCAAUGGUAUACGGCGCAGAUACAAAUGCUUUGUAACUGGUUAUCCGAGAGACUCGAUCACAGCCUGCAUUUGCAUCAAUGUACCUGCCUAGCUCAUAUCGUGAAGAAAAUCUACUCCGACUUUGAGCUCCAGGGUGUCAUGGAGGAGAAACUCAACACGAAGACAUAUCAGACUAUAGACAAGAGGAUGAAGACGGAAGAAGCAACUUGUGCCUUAACCAUGAGCGCUCAGAACGAAGAAGGACUUUCGGAGAAUGGCAAUGAUGACGAGGUGGAGAGACCUAAGACAAAAAUACACAUCGUUGAUACAGAAGUCAAUCUAGGAAACGUCACCUCGAACGUUGUUGGCAAAGUCGGUAGUAUGUUUGGCAAGGGCAUCGGCGGUCUUUCAAAAUUGAGCUCAGCCAGCAAUUGGUUCUAGUUGUUUUUAGCACUCUGCCAGUAAACCUUACAUUCGACUAGUACGUUCCUUCGUCUAAAUAAGGGGAUGCGAACGGGAAGACUUUUAAAGGCGUAGACAGUACCCUAUAGGCAGUAUGAUGAUCUAGAGUUUUGUCCAUAUAAACAAAUGGUACGAUUAAACGAUGCAAUCGAUCGGAUCAGUUGGCUUUUACCGUCUAGCAGGUCGUUUCGGUUUUAUUGCGGAUUUCUCUUUGAGGGAGGUUUCCGGCCGUUCGCCGCGACGUUCGACAUGCGGAGCUACAAAAUUACUUAUUGAUUAAUCAUCGAAGAACUAAUUGUUGAUACAUUUACGUUUAUUUAGUCAUAGCUUUCGGAUUUGAGGUAAUAAUACAUAUUAGACAUACGUAACGACACGCGCGUUGAGAAUAAUGCGAACUCGUGGGCUCGUUUUAAUUAAUCGAUUACUGUUUAUGUUUGAUCUCAGGUAAUAGCGAAAAUAUAGUCAAAAUAUACUCGGAAAGGCUGAUUGUGCGAGAACACGUACGAUAUAGACCAGAAUAAACGCGUAGAUAUCUAAUCAUAUUACAAAGGUAUAUGUAUAUAAACAUACAUGCAUAUGCAACGUGUAAUUAUGAGGUAUUCAUAUACAUUCUGUCGUGGUCUGCAUGUGUCAGACUAACGUCAUUAAUAUAUAUAUUAGCUGAAUCGUCAAAGCACAGAAUGCAGAUUUUUCCUACCUAGUCUGUGUACGUACCGCGAGUUGUUUUUGCGGAUUUAGUUGUCGAAGGAUAAGAGCACGGACACGUAUUUCGCGUAGGAAAAGAUUCUUGGGUCGAUUGCAACGUUACUUGGGAGGGGGGUAGGACUUAGGUGGGGCCGCGAUAAACGGAAAUGCGGAAAAUCCCGAAACAGAAAGGGGAAUACGGGACGGGAGAGAAACCGCGACUGAUCAAGUUAUCGAAUUAAUUUUGCGACCAACGAGGCAAUGCUUUUUCAACUGUUAGGUACGAUCGCUGUUGUCUGUUGGACGACCAUUCGCCCGAUAGAUUCGAACGGAAGAUCUCUCGUAUCGUCGCAAUUUGUCGUGAAACAGAGAACAGGAAGAGACGUUGUUUUAUGAUACAAAAUAAAAUAGGCGAGAUGGGAAAGAUUUCAUCGGGAAAUAUUUCUUUUCCGGCGAAUCUGGAACCGAAAUUUAUUUGUAAAAAUUUUCAGUUAUUUUAUUUCGAUCAUUGAGGCAUUACAGUUGAGCUAAAAUUAAUUAUAAAACAAGGCUUCGUUAUAUAUAUUUCUGAAAUUUAAUUGAUAUAAAAUAUCUGCUAAUUUUCGCGUUC